AUGUCUACAGCUUCUGGUACCAAGCAGCGAUUUUUUGUCUAUGCCCCGGACAAGGCCGGCGCCGCUGAGAACCGUGCAAAGUAUCUAGAUGAGCAUCGUGCUGGGAUCCAGCCCCUCGUUGAGAAAGGCAUCCUAAAGGUUGGAGCCGCCUUGCUGGAGCCUUCAUCGAUCCAAGCAGGUGGCGAGCCUAAAUUCUUCGGUUCUGCGGUCUUCGUCGAAGCCGAAUCUAUCGACGAUGUCAGGAAGCAGAUAGAAGCGGACACAUAUUGGGUGAACGACGUCUGGGAUAAGGAGAAGUUGACUAUCUUCCCCGCAUUGCUCGCGACUCCACUUCCCUAAGCUGUCCAUUGCGCCAACAGUAUAUCUCAUGAAAGCUCGCGAUGUAUUUGAACCAAUACUAGUGAUACAAGUUGUAAAAGCAAAAUAUAGACACAAUCAGAUGCAAGUGUACAAUGAUAUGGAGCG